AAAUUAGAAAAAAUAAUAUAAUGGAAAAUGAGCAAGACUUACCUUUAUCCUUUGCAAAUAAUUCUGAAACUAAAACUGCACCAUUAAUAUCAACAAUGCUAUCAGCUUCAAGUGCUAAUAGUUUGGUUCAGAAAAAGCAAAGGCCCAUUCAUAACACCUCUCCCUGGUAUGACCAAGUCAAAAUAACUGAUUAUUCAAAGGUCGCGCCUCCAUGUUCACCAAAACGGCAAGAACUUAUUACAUUAGCACUUGUUUCCUUUAUUAUAAAAUUUGUUCAGCCAUUAUAUAUUCUACAAAACAGCAAGGAGCAGCUUCGUUUACUCUUAAAUAAUAUAUAUGGACAACAAUGUGAAGAUGGUGAUGAAGAAGAAUCUAAUAGUUUAGCUAGUGACAAUAAUGAAAUUUCAUCUGGUGGUUCAUGA